UAUUUUCAUGGUAGAAUGAACAGACUGUUUACACGCCAAAUUAAUUUUACGAGACAGAAUGGAAAUCUAACUUUUGUACCUCACCAUGAAGCUGUUAUUGAAAGCCAGCUUGAAAAACUGCAAAUGCUUGUUGAUAGCUCAACAAACAUCUUAAUAUUGACUGGAGCAGGAGUUUCUACAGAGAGUGGAAUACCUGACUAUCGCUCAGAAUUGGUCGGGCUUUAUGCUCGUACCAAUCACCGGCCCAUUCUGCAUCAAGAUUUUAUGAGAUCUAAAUAUGUUAGACAAAGAUAUUGGGCAAGAAAUUUUAUUGGUUGGUCAAAAUUCUCUGCUGUUCAACCCAAUACUUCUCAUAUCCUGUUGGCCAGUUGGGAGCGACAUGGAAAGAUAUCCAGCAUUGUAACUCAGAAUGUUGAUAGACUACAUCACAAGGCUGGCAGUAAAACUGCUGUGGAGUUACAUGGUUGUGCCCAUGAAGUCAAAUGUAUGAAAUGCAACCAUGAAAUGUCAAGGAACGAAUUUCAGAAAAUACUGGCUGAAUUAAAUCCUUCACUGUAUGUUCCAAAUGCAGAAAUCAGACCAGAUGCUGAUGUUGAACUAUCACAGGAAAUAAUAAAUACUUUUCGUGUGCCAAAUUGUCAACAAUGCCGCGAUGAACUGGAAGGGUUUUAUAAACCAAAUAUAGUUUUCUUCGGGGACAACGUUCCGAAAUCCAGGGUAGAAUUUGUAUUUUCACAAUUACGGUCUAGCGACUGCCUGUUAGUUCUUGGAUCUUCUCUGUACGUCUACUCGGGUUACCGAUUCAUUCUCCGGGCAUCAGAGCUAGGAAUACCAUCAGCAAUUGUAACCAUUGGCCCUACGAGAGGUGAUAAAUUGGCUAGUAUCAAACUGAGUGCAAAGUGUAGUGAAGUUCUUACAAAAAUUUGUAUCUGAAGUUUCUCAUUUCAAUGAAUUUUGCAAAACGA